AUGUCAUUCAGACCAGGUUCUAGAGGUGGUUCCCGUGGUGGUUCCAGAGGCGGUUUCUCCAGAGGUGGAGGUGACCGUGGUGGUUCCAGAGGUGGCUUCUCCAGAGGCGGCGGUGACCGUGGCGGCAGAGGCGGUUUCUCCAGAGGCGGUGGCAGAGGUGGCCGUGGUGGUUUCUCCAGAGGUGGAGGCGACCGUGGCGGCAGAGGUGGCUUCUCCAGAGGCGGUGGUAGAGGUGGCCGUGGUGGUGCCCGUGGUGGUGCUGCUGGUGGUGCCAGAGGUGGUGCCAGAGUUGUCAUUGAACCACAUAAGCACGCUGGUGUCUUCAUUGCUAGAGGUAAAGAGGAUUUAUUAGUUACCAAGAACAUGGCCCCAGGUGAAUCUGUUUACGGUGAAAAAAGGGUUUCUGUUGAAGAACCUUCUAAGGAAGAUGGUGUUCCACCAACUAAAGUCGAAUACCGUGUCUGGAAUCCUUUCAGAUCCAAGUUGGCUGCCGGUAUCAUGGGUGGUUUAGAUGAAUUAUUCAUCGCCCCAGGUAAGAAAGUUCUAUAUCUAGGUGCUGCUUCCGGUACUUCUGUCUCCCACGUCUCCGAUUUAGUCGGUCCAGAAGGUGUUGUCUACGCCGUCGAAUUCUCCCACAGACCAGGUAGAGAAUUGAUCUCCAUGGCUAAGAAGAGACCAAAUGUCAUUCCUAUCAUUGAAGAUGCUAGACACCCACAAAAAUACAGAAUGUUGGUCGGCAUGGUCGAUGCCGUCUUUGCAGAUGUUGCUCAACCAGAUCAAGCCCGUAUUAUUGCUUUAAAUUCUCAUAUGUUCUUAAAAGACCAAGGUGGUGUUGUUAUCUCCAUCAAGGCUAACUGUAUUGACUCCACCGUCGAUGCUGAAACUGUUUUCGCUAGAGAAGUGCAAAAAUUACGUGAAGAACGUAUUAAACCAUUAGAGCAAUUGACAUUAGAACCUUAUGAAAGAGAUCAUUGUAUUGUUAUUGGUAAAUACAUGAGAAGUGGUUUAAAGAAAUAA